AUGCGGUAUCAAGUACGUUUAAGAUCGUUAUCGGCCAUAUGCCUAUCAUUUUUAGCCCUGGAUGUUGCGUCCGCCCAUUCUCCGCCCAAAAAUCCCUAUCCAAAGGGCAGUUUACCUGAUCCUUCGAACCACCUGGAGGUCGACCUUGGCUAUGCGGGUUACGUCGGAGUAAACAAUGCUACGUCUGGCCUGAACAGUUGGCAUGGAAUACGUUAUGCACAAGCACCCAUUGGAGAUUUGCGAUGGCAGGUUUCCGUGCCUCCUCGGACGGAGUUUAAUGGUACAUUCUUGAGUGCAAGUACCCAUGGACUGACGUGCCCGCAGGCGCCGGAUCAUCUCACUUCGCCAGAACUUGCAUGGACAGCGAGUACAUCAGCAAGUGAAGAUUGUCUGUUUCUGAAUAUCUGGGCGCCAGAAAAUGCAACGGACUUGCCUGUUUUUGUAUGGAUUCAUGGCGGCGGUUACGGCUCUGGAAAUGCCGAUACAGACAUGUCAUGGAUGGUUGAAACUCCCGUGACUAAGUUUGUUGCUGUGGCUAUACAGUACCGACUUGGUGCAUUUGGCUUCCUAGCGGGUAAAGAGGUUCAGGAACACGGAAUCGCCAAUGCUGGUCUCUAUGACCAGUACCUGGCACUGCAGUGGGUACAGAGGUAUAUUUCAUUGUUUGGCGGAGAUCCGGAUCGUGUCACUAUUGGGGGAGAAUCUGCUGGAGGUGGCUCGGUCAUGUUGCAAGCCAUGGCUUAUGGAGGCACCAUAGGCGACGAGCUUUACGACGGCACCUUCUUCGCCAGUCCUUAUCUUCCUCAGCAAUCCAACUAUGAUGACCUUGUCCCAACUCAAUACUAUGAGCGAUUUGCCGCCGAGGCAGGAUGCUCCAAAAGCAAGACUGAGAGUGUAUUCGACUGUCUGGUAGCGGCGGACACCGACGUACUUCAGAAUGCGUCGUACACUGUCACGAUAAAUGCUAAAUAUGGACAAUGGGCCUUCGUUCCUGUGACUGAUGGGAAGUUUGUUAAGCAACGACCGAGUGUACAACUUUCAACCGGCGCAGUUAACGGGAAUCGGGGAUUGAUUGGGAACAAUGCUAACGAAGGCAUGGGAUUUACUCCCCAAAAUGUGACCACGGAAGAGGAUUUCAUUGAGUUCGUGAAGUACCUGAUGCCAGGGCUUAAUGACAAUCAAAUCCAGCAAGUAUUGGCUGAAUAUGCCUUGCCAGCUAGCAUUCCUACUGUUGGAUUCGCUACAAACGGCUUAAAUGAGAAUGCUACAGCUAAUUUUGUGAGCCCAUAUGCCGUUGGACAACAGCAACGAGCUAAUAACCUAUAUUCGGAAAUAACAUUCGUCUGUUCCGCUUACUGGAUUGCCGACGCUUACGGUUUGAAGACCAGACAAAGUUACAAAUAUGAAUUCUCGCUGAUCAACUCAUGCCAUGGCGAUGACUUGCCCGGAUACUUUGGCAAUGCCCCUGCCACCAUGGGCCAAGCGUUCCAGGACUCUUUUCUCUCAUUUUUCGACAGCUUCAUCACACACGGGACCCCUAGUAACACUAGCUCUUAUACUGCCGACGUCCCUGCCGAUAUCGCAGAAUUACUUUCAGCGUGGCCAUCGUGGACUCCACACAGCCGAGCACAGGUUAAUCUCAACCAGACGGGCGGAACUCUCACAACCGGUAUUGACGCACAUGAUCCAUACCAGCAUGUUAUCAGUACAUACGUAAACCCGGGCCUGGUUCCUGAUUUUAGUUUGGUGGAUGGACCCACGACCAAGUCGUCGCUAGCAAAGCUCCCGCUAUCCGCCAUCCUACGAUCAGCGUUCAUCCUCUCCAUCUCAUCCUCGCCGUUACUGUUACGACCGUGUAUAUGGGCUCUCUCAGCACUUGCAAGUCCCAAGACCGCUCUUACAGACGUCGACCGGAACCCGUUACUGAAUUGGCUGGUCAAGAAUACCAUCUACAAGCAGUUCAAUGCUGGAGAGAACAAGGCUGAGGUCCAGCGAUCUAUCGUCGAGACGAAAGGUUUAGGAUGUCGGGGUGUGUUGCUGGGAUAUGCACGUGAGGUUUUGGUGGCAGAUAGCAAGGCUAGUCCUCACGAUGAGGUGUUGGCGAAGCAAGAGGUGGAUGCGUGGUUGAAAGGGACAUUGCAGGGUGUUGAUAUGGCGACUGCGGGUGACUUUGUUGCUCUGAAGCUUACCGGCAUGGGAACUCAAGCUGUACAUCUCCUGAAAAACCGUCUGCCACCCUCCGAAUACAUGGACGCCGCUAUCACUAAAGCCUGUGACGCUGCCCUCGCCAAAUCAGCACGUCUCUUGGUCGACGCAGAGGAACAAGCAGUACAGCCGGGCAUCGAGGACUGGGUUAUGAAGUAUCAGAAAUACUGCAACUCUCAAUCGCCUGGCCACGCAACCAUGUACCUCACUUAUCAAGCAUACCUGAAAUCGACGCCUGCCACUAUCGCGAAACAUCUCGCUAUGGCUGAAAAAGAUGGAUAUACUCUCGGCGUGAAGCUUGUUCGUGGCGCAUACAUGAAGAUCGAGCCACGACACAUCAUCUGGGAUGUCAAAGAAGAUACCGACGCUUGCUACGACGGCGUCGUCGAAGCCCUUCUGACUCGCCGAUACAACGCCAUGCUCCGCCCUGCACCAGAGAGCAAAGACAAGGAGCGAGUACCGUCGGUCAACGCCAUUAUUGCCACACAUAACCGCGAUUCCGUCCAGAAAGCGCAUCAAAUUCGUCUUCAGCAAGCGGUCAACAACGAGCCUCGCAUAGAAUUAGCUUAUGCUCAACUCCAGGGCAUGGCUGAUGAAAUUAGCUGUGAAUUAAUUGAGGGUUUCCCUGACGAGAGUAGCAAGUUUGCUGCGGUGGAACGACCUAACGUAUAUAAAUUGCUUACUUGGGGCUCCGUGCAGGAAUGUAUGGGCUUCUUGUACAGAAGAGCACUUGAGAAUACGGAAGCAGUGACUCGGACGAAGGAUUCAAGGUCGGCUAUGUAUGCCGAGUUGUGGAGGAGGGUUACACGACAGACUUGA